CUUUCAUUAAUACAGACAUACAAACUUCCAGUGUAUGUAUAUAUAUAUACAUCUUCAGGGAGACUAAUAUAGAUAUAGAUAAACACGAGUCAGAUGCAGAGAGUUGGGAAUGAAAAAGAAACGCUCAAGGGAUUUUCUUGAACCUUCUUUUCUGCUAAUUUUCUCUUCAGUUCUCAGUCUGAAUUCCAACUGUUUUUAAGUAGUGAAAAGCAGCAGUGGAAUCAAGAGUAGAAAAGAGCCAAAAAGGGCUCUCUGAAAUGUAUAUGAUAUUCAAGCGUUUGAUCAUCGGCGGAGAGAUUGUUGAAGAAGAAGGUGAGUGGGAGAAAGAAAGAUAGAACAAGAGAGAGAGAGAGAACAACCCAUCAAGAAAAGAGCAGCAAAUCCAGGUUCAAACCAAGAGGAGCUCUGAAAAUCCACUAGAUUUUCAAGAUUCAACCAGCUUCAUCAGUUACCGUAGAUAAUUUUGUAGUCUCCAUGGAGGUUGCGGAGCAGAAACAAGCAGCAGCGGCAACUGCCAUGUUGAAGGCAACUGAUCUCGCUUUUGUUAAAUGCGAGUGCUGCGGGCUGACGGAGGAGUGCACGGAGGAAUACAUAAAGCGUGUUCGUGAUCGUUAUUCGGGGCGUUGGAUAUGCGGGCUUUGCGCGGAGGCAGUGAAGGAUGAGCUGCUGAGGUCAGAGAAGAGAAUUGGGAAUGAGGAGGCUUUGAAUCAGCACAUGAGUUUUUGCAAGAAGUUCAGGAGCUUAAGCCCACCUGAAAAUCCUACUGAAGAAUUGAUUUCUGCUGUGAAACAGUUGCUUCUGAGGAGCCUGGAUUCUCCACGGUCCAGCCCAGUGAGGAAGCCCUGUUUGGUUCGAUCUGAAAGCUGUUUCUCUGCUCUGGAUGCCUGAAGAGGAUGUGAAUUGAUUCGUGUAAUUUGAGGGUAGAAUUAGAUUGUUAUUGAACUGAUCAUUGUUGGUUGAAUAAUUGCUGCUUUUUCAGGGUAGCAUGAAAACAAUGUUAGAAAGAUCAUAUCAGUUCAGCUUUAGUUUAUGUAGUAACCGAAGAAUCAUGUCCUGUUCCAUUGGUUUCAAGCAACUUAGUGUCUUUGAACCGACUCUGUUUAUCUUAAAUCUGUAAUAUGCACAUAUUGUAUGGAACAUUGCCACUUCGGUAAUUGGCAUUUCCACUUUCUUCUUCUU